CCAAGAAUGUAUGUCUCCCUCCACACCUGGAUUCUAUCAGCUCUCUGUUAGUAAAUAGGUAGUGUGCUUCAUCAUAGGUCCACUGGAGACAUAACUGAUCAUUAAUUGUCUUAUAGGCAUUCAGGAUGAAUCUGGAAAAACUCAGCAAGCCGGAGCUCCUGACCCUCUUCAGCAUUCUAGAAGGUGAACUAGAAGCAAGGGAUCUUGUCAUUGAAGCUUUAAAGGCCCAACACAGAGAUACUUUCAUUGAAGAGCGCUAUGGAAAAUAUAACAUCAGUGACCCUUUAAUGGCUCUACAGAGGGACUUUGAAACACUCAAGGAGGAAAAUCAUGGCGAUAAGCAACCUGUCAGCCCCCACCCCCUGUCUGUUCUUAAGGCGGUGAUGAAGCAGUGCAGAAACAUGCAAGAACGCAUGCUGUCCCAGCUGGCCGCUGCAGAAAGUCGACACCGCAAGGUGAUCCUAGAUCUUGAGGAAGAAAGACAGAGGCAUGCACAAGACACAGCUGAAGGAGAUGAUGUCACAUAUAUGUUGGAGAAGGAGCGAGAACGGCUGACUCAGCAAUUGGAAUUUGAAAAGUCCCAAGUGAAAAAGUUUGAAAAGGAGCAAAAGAAGCUGUCCAGCCAACUGGAAGAAGAGAGGUCCCGCCACAAACAGCUUUCUUCCAUGCUGGUGAUGGAGUGCAAGAAGGCCACCAGCAAGGCUGCAGAAGAGGGGCAGAAAGCAGGGGAGCUGAGCCUGAGACUGGAAAAAGAGAAGAGCCGAGCGAGCAAGCUGGAGGAAGAGCUGGCCGCUGAGCGGAGGAGGGGCCUGCAGACGGAGGCCCAGGUGGAGAAGCAGCUGUCGGAGUUUGACAUCGAGAGGGAGCAGCUGAGGGCCAAGCUGAAGCGUGAGGAGAACCGCACCAAGACUCUCAAAGAGGAAAUGGAGAGUCUGAGGAAGACGGUGAGAGACCUCGAGGCUGCUCAGCCAAGCAGCAGCCCUAGCGAGCACACAAGGACGUCUGGAACUGUGUCCAGAGGCACGGCCACUGACUCUCCUCAGCUGGUGUCUGUGCUUUGCCAAACUGAGAAUCUUCAAGCAGAAAAAACCCACACAAGUAGCACAACCAAGGCCACGGCCGCCGGGUCACCAGGCCCUUCCCCGUCCACUCACUCAUAUGCAAAAACCAACGGCCAUUGUGACAUGGAAAUGUUAGCAAGCAGUGGGACAGAAAGUCUGCUGCCGCCACGAGAGAAAUCUGCCGGGUCCAACCAAGAUAACAUGAUAGAGAAUGGCGGAUCUCCAAUAGGGAUGGAGCCUCCAGUUCCCCUCGCCACUCACCUCCCAUCCACAGGGAGCUCUCUGUCUCCAAGCAGCACCGCUGCCUCCUCUUUGACCUCCUCCCCUUGUUCUUCACCAGUCCUGACUAAACGCUUAGUGGGGUCAGCAGCCAACAGCCCCGGCUACCAGUCAUCAUACCAAGUGGGAAUCAACCAGCGGUUUCAUGCAGCUCGACACAAAUUCCAGGCCCAAGCUGAUCAGGACCAACAGACCAGUGGCCUGCAGAGCCCACCCUCCAGAGAUCUAUCGCCCACCCUUGUGGACAACUCUGCUGCCAAGCAGCUGGCUCGAAACACAGUCACUCAAGUGCUCUCCAGGUUCACCAGCCAGCAAGGGCCCAUUAAGCCCGUUUCGCCCAACAGUUCUCCCUUUGGCACAGACUAUCGCAAUCUGGCCAAUACCACCAGCCCAAGAGCUGACACCAGCCAUUCACCCACUCCAGGGAAAGUCUCCAGCCCUCUGAGCCCCCUGUCUCCUGGGAUCAAAUCGCCUACCAUCCCCAGAGCUGAGAGAGGGAACCCUCCACCCAUCCCUCCCAAAAAGCCUGGCCUUACCCCAACACCAUCCCCUAGCACUCCACUCACCAAAACUCCUUCACAGGCAGCCUCUUUAGGCCCCACAGAUGACCUGUCCAGUAGCUGCUCUGCCAAUGCUGUUGUAGCCAAUGGUAAAGAGAUGGAGAUGCUCCUGCCUACCAGCAGCUAGUCUCUAAGAGACGCCGUGUUUGACGUUCCGUUGUAUUUCGUCCAAGAGCUUAAAGACAGACCAUUGGGUCAGAUCACCUUAUUUAUUUCGAGAGUCGUGGACAUUUUCUUUAUGAUACAUUUUAGUGUAUUUUCACCUCUUUUGUAAUUUUUUUAAAGUAGAAACUGGGUAGUUUGGGGUUUGUGUCUCAUCUCUGUCCUGAAGCUGGAAAAGGCACCUCAGAGAUGUCUCCAGGCUGAAGAAUUGCCAUCAUGUCGUGAUGGAGAAGAGCUUUUUACAGACCAGGUGGCAACUUGUUCUCUAUUCUGGGAUGGGAAACAUUCACUUUAAAUUAUGCAGAAAUGAUUCAUGCAGAUUUUUAUUCCAGAUGAACAUGUAUAAAAAGUGCCUGAAAUAAGACUGCCUGCCAUAUGAUUCUGUCUCUGUGGCAAAAUACAUGAAAAGGGGUCAUCUCUUGGCAGAAAAUGAAACCUUGUAUGACUCCAGAAUGUUCCAAAUCAACACUGCUUUGAAUCCUUUGAGCGUGUUCUUAAUACAGACUGUUCUGAAACCAGACUUCAUUAGUAGAACAGAAACCUUCUCCAGGUGAGAUUGGACACAAGCUUUUAGCAAGCCCCUGCCACCCCUCCUGAGCAGUGAGCCUUUGAGACGCUGCUCAUCUUUCUGCGUCAGUCCUUGGAUGAGAUGAAAUUGCUAAAGGUCAAGCCCCUUCCCCUCUCCUCUGCUCUCCCCACCCCCCAGAAAAGUUCUUCAAGCAUCUACUGUCGUGUGUAGAACUGCUGAGUCCAAAAUCUUGCUAUUACUUGAAAAGGAAAAUUGUUAAACAUUCUGUAUCAAUGUCUUGUAACAGGAGGGGACCUUCUUUACUAUGUAAUCAAAGAGCAAUAACUUAAAGUUACUCAUUUUGUAAUGUUUUCAGUUCAGAAUACACAGGUUUUACCCAAUGGUCACAUGUGCUGUCCCAGCCUGCUAACAUAUGCUGACUGUUACUUGGGAACCAAAUUAACAUUUGCCUAGAUCAGCACAUAUCCUUUAUCAGUAUAGCUGCACCUCCAUGUACAUGUUAACAUACACCUUCCACAUGCAUAUAGAAUAUACAUUUUAGUGUGAUUCUAUUCUUGGAGUUUCCAGUAUUGCAUAAAGGAAAAGCAGAAAUGCACAUUAAGAUUACCUACCAAAGUAGCCAGCUUGCUCUCAGUUGUGCUGCUGGGCCCCCUUUAGGCACUGGGAGGAAUGGCCCCACAGGGUAGUGGGUAGAGUGGCCCCCUUGCUCUUUGAAUUUCAAAGCAGAAUCCAGCUUGAAAUGUUCCUGGAAGAAGGAUAAGGUUAUCUGGCUUCUCAUCUUAGCAACGCAUCUCUAAGGAGGCUUUCUUUCCCAUUCCCCAGAUGACAAAAAAGGAAAAACAGAUAUACAGUACAGACAUUUCAAGGGAGGAUGAAGGCAGACCAUUUCUUAAUUUUGCAUAAACGAGUCAAGGUGGCGGGAUCCUCCAAAAAGAAUAGGGUCGAUCCUCUCAUUGAAGUCGGGAUUGCUCUUAACCCACCCUAGACAGAUGAAUGUUUUGUCCUUCAUAAAUGACUACAGAGAAUAGGAGCCCCAACGUGCCUCCCUGAGGACCCCAUUUUAGUAUUUAACCACAUUUGUGAAACUCGAAUGUGUAACUUUCAAUUCCUUCCUGCAAUUUUAAAUCUGUUCCAUCUUUAUCUGGCUUCAGUUCAUGGGGAAAGCAAACCACUGAAUGAAAAUCACUCUGUAAAGCAAUAGGUUAUUUACAAAUUGAUACAUAAAUUGCCAAGGUUCAUGGUUUGAUCUGGUGGCAGUCCAUGUGCCACCAAGAGAAAAAUAGCAAUGCUUCUAAUUUCUGCCCCAAGAUAGCUACUCAUUGAUAAAUUGGGGGGGGGGGUGUUAAUUGUCCAAAGCUACUACUGUGCACUGAAUGUCAAUCAUCCUCAUACUUGGCACAAAUUGACAAUGUCUAUGAUAAAUGGCUAAACUUUCUUAACUAGAGAGGGGGUCUGCAGCUCUGAAUAUGUUUAUUACCUCUCUCUAAAUGGUAAUCGGAAAAGUUGCAUUAUGCUCUUUCUUUAUGACAUAGAUAUAUAGAGAGAUAUAUGCUAUAAUGAAGUUUAUUUCUUAGGAAAUGCACUGAAUAAUGUAUUUCUUCUACAGUGUAAUAUGGGGUGGGGAAAUGCAAAAGAAAAUUGUAUUUUUGCAAGUAGCCUAUCUUCUGAGACCAAUAAGCACAAAUAUUGCAAUGGAUCCAACUAAUCCAGUUAAGUUUUAUAGGUCUAGUAUUUAAGUUUUGCUGUAGAUUGUGUGUUGAUAAGUAAAAAAAAAAAGUAUGAUUCACAUGUUGGUUAUUAUAAUCAAGUUGUUGCAAAGCUUUGUCACUGGUUAUAAAGUCCAGACACAUAACAGUAGCAUUAAUUGUUCAUUAACACAUGUAUAAAGCCAAAUGUUUCAUGGGGAAUUUUUCGAUUUUUUUUUAUAGCAAAAACAACAUUAAAACAUGUUAAAUCAUAUUGCCAAGAAAACUUGUACUAAAUGAAAAAAUGUUGUGCAACAAGGUGGAUUUUCUUUAGGGUAGAGGGAAGGACAGGGAGGGAAAGAGAAGAAAUUUAGAGAGAGCACUCACUUGUGUGCGCCCAGCAUUCAUACAUGUGCACCCUUACAUCGUAAGAGAACGACAAAGUACUUUGAUUCCAGGAAGAGGCUGGAUGCUUAAUCAACAACCAGAUCAUACAGUAUUAGAGGCUGAAGAGGCCUUUAAACAUCUCAUUCUGGAGAUGAGGAAAGGUGCCACAGCGCUGGUUAUUAGCAGAACCAGUCCUCAAUGCCAGGUUUCCCAACCCAGGUCCAGUGGCAUUUCUGUCCUGCUGUGUCUUGUGGUCUGGCCUGACUGGCUUCCCUUCAGAUGAGAGGCUCGAAGCAGAUGACCUCAAGGCUCUCUUGCAGUUCUAGAAUCCCAGGAUCCUCUGAAGAGUGCCUUUGGCCUACAGGAGGGCAGACAUUUAUGUCUCCAUGCCUUCCAGAGCUUUUCAGCCAGUUCCCCCUGAGGAUAACUCUGUAGACACGAUUUCAGAGGGUAGCAGCCCAGCAGUUUGCAAGCAGUGGGUUUGCAUUCCUCGUGACUCCAGCGUUUCCAGUUCCCAUGUCUCUUCCCCCUCCCCACCCCUCCUUCCCCAAAUGUACUUUUGUAAAGAGUGCCUGGAAUACUUAAUCCUUUCACAUU